ACAUUCUGCUAGCGCUCUAAUCAGUCUUGACCUCCAUUUGUCAUGAAUGUGUCGGAAUUGUCGAUUAUAGGAUGUCGCGUCAGUAUAAUAUCUAAGGCUAAGAUAAGAUAUGAAGGGCACCUUCACUCCAUAGAUUUUGACACGCCCAAUGAACCUGUUAUUACUCUUUCAAAGGUUUGGUCUUUUGGCACUGAGGACCGCCCUUGUGAGCGACCAGUUGCUCCUCGGAAUGAAGAGUAUAAUCAGGUGGUGUUUCGUGGCCGGGAUCUAGACGAUGUACGUGUCGUGCAGUCUUCUGUAUUUUUAAAUGAAGACUCAGCAAUCGUUAGUGCAGCGCCUGGGUCUGCUUUGUCCCACCCCCCUGGACUACCAGUUAAUGAAAGUAGAGGUCGCUUGGAUCUUAAUCCUAGUCGUGUUUCUACUGGAUGCUCAGAAUUGUCUCCCAUACCAGCAUCUCAAUCUGUCUCACUUGAUAGCCUAAACCAGAAUAUUUACCCGAACAAUUCUUCAUACAAGGUCCCUGCAGUUUGUUGUCGGCCAGCUCCUAUAGGGACUGUUCAUGCUGAUAACCCCCAGGUUUCUGAUACUCGUAACCAAAGACCAUUUGGAGAUAAGCGUAGAGACAUAGACCCAGGGGUUUUUAGCACAUCUGGAAGAAAAGGUGCAAGCUCUAGGGAUGCUCAAGAGUCUGGAAUAGGUCCUUCUAGACAUCGUGCUGUCUUAGGAUCUGGUGUGCAUAACGACUACCCACAGCCAUGGGUUAACCGAGAUCAAGUGGUUAGAAAGGAUGACACUUACAAAAAUACACCUAAUUAUUAUCAGGGGCAUGAUUAUUCAAGAGAUAGACGCGGAGGAUAUAGUCAACAAUGGUCAAAAAACCAUCGUGGAUACAAGGGUUCUGGGCAUGCUUAUGGUGUUUGGGGUGUUCGGUCAGCGGAUGGACAUGAUUGGCCUAAAUUCAGGUCAAAUGCAUCUACAGUAAAUGAGCACACCAACUUUUCGGUAGAAUAUGACUAUGAAAGAGCUAACGCAGAACUUGCAGCUGAGUUGGAAAAAAUAACAAUCAGCACUAAAACAGGUACUUCAGUCGACAACGCGGAGAAUGAUAGAAGCAGCACAACUGAGGAUGAAAACACGUGCUAUGAUAAGUCCAAGUCGUUUUUCGAUACUAUUAGUUCCGAGAUGAUGGACCGCGCAAAUGGGUAACUAAUAAUUUCAUUUGAAAUUCUGAGUGUGUGAAGUAUAGCCUUGCUUCUUUUUAUUUUAAAAAUAUGCCUUUAAAACAACGUGUUUUGUCAAUUUCUUGUGUUAGGAAGUAUCUCGAUACCUGCCGUAAACUACACAAGCACCGAUUCGAUAAUUGGAUUUAGUUUGUAUUUACAACCGAUCUAAGUAUUUUAUAGUUUCUUUACUCUUUGAGUUUAGUUUCUCGAGAAUAGGGAAAAUAGCUGUGUAGUAAACUGUCAUACUUUCAACGCACUAUAUAUAUAUAUAUUACGGCCGUUGGCAUACUGUUGGGUUUUGAACAACACCAGCGUUGAUACUAUUCUAAACUUGGGUACAUUCCAGUAAUCUCUUCGACUUGGUUUCUCACAAUACCUUUUAAAUGAGCGUAUCAUGUUGCCUUAUCGAUAAAAUCAAGAGGCAAUGACCAUUGAUGUCGAGAUAUCUGAUUUUCAACUUUAGGGUUAGCGACUAAAACUUUGCUCUAGUUUAGUUUGCAUAAUUGGAUAAUGUAUUUUAUGGAUACGUGAAGUUGAGUGCAUAAAUAUCUACUUUGUUGUCGAGUUACAUAAGAAUGUUUUACAGCUCUGGAAACUACAACUAAAUUCAGGUACAUGCUGAACAUUGUUAGCGUAAGUAUUUUGAUUAUAAGCUGUUAACUGUAAACAAAGCAAAUCUCACUUCUCAGAAUUAAGUUACUAGUAACAUUUCAAACUGAUAUAAGCUUCCAAAUAUUUACAGCUAAUUUUGUGGGACUAAUUUUCGUGGCAGUCAGAAGGCGUUGAGAUCAUACGUGACUUUUUAUCCCAAAAGUCUUAUUCAGUUCAUUAAGUAAUAUUAGUAAUCUAUUACAUCUAGUAUUGGAAUCCACUGUGUAGCUCUCAUGGGAAUCGUGUCAUGUACUGUGAAUAGAAUAUGCUAAUAGUUAAAAUGUAUGUGAAUAUUGUUGUUCUUAUUCAGUCAAGUUUGGAGCUUUUAGGUUUGGUUCACUUAACACCCGAAACGUAACCAUUUUUCCUUCCGAACACUGCUGAUUGUAUUCGUUCAUUCAUAAUAUAAGUUUUUUAUAAGCUAGGUUUUCUAGUUUACUCAGUAGAUAUCGCAACCAUAACAUUUACUACGUUUACCCUAACGAUUGGCUUGAUUGGAUAUGAUUGACCUAAAAGGUAUGAUAGCUGUGUCUAUAGUGGAGUAUUCUAAAUUUGUUAGGUUGUUAUACCUUAUUUUCAAUUUUUAUACUUCUGUUUAUCACUCGAGCGUUUUUGUCUUGUUUACAUGUUUAAUGUUAAGCUUAUCAUAGUCACAAAAUCAUAUACCAGUUAUGAUAAACUAGAUGGUUUCCGUUUGCUAGUACCUAUUAGUCUAUUAUUCGGUAUUUCUAAUUGAUUUUUGCCUACUGCUUACUAAUUUAACGAAGUUGUGCUUUAUUCAGCCUAAAUCCCCAAGGAAUGAACAGACGGUACGAAAGACUCCUCAAUUCAGCAACUUUUGGUACUGUUCCACAGCAAUAUCCCAGAAGGAUAGGAUAUCACAAUCAACGUUCUUUUGGAUAUGGCCAAAAAAGAGGGGGUAAUUCAUCUAGUGGAAACUUCUGGCGAUCUAGUGGUACUGGAACUAAUAAGUCCCUAUUCUCCAAUUCAUCAGACGCACCUCCUCCAACAUCUGGACGAGCUGGUUGAUAUGGCUCUUGUACAUUUUACUGCAAAUAAUCACUUCAAUACGAAACUCCUUGAUACAAAAUGAUCGACCGGUAUUCAAACUUAUCUCGGUCUUCGCAGAUGACUUACUAACUCAUGUUUCUAUGAGACUAAUUUAAUUAUUUUUGAUUGACAAAAUGCAUACUGUAAAACUAGUUAGUGCUACUGUUGGUAUAAUACUGUUCGGAAUAGAACUGUAUUGUGUUUAAACACGGUUGCAUUUAUUGUUUGUUGUAAUUGCUUUUCGGUCUGACUGUUGGUUUAGUUCGAACAGUUUACAUUUUUUGAAAUAUAAUCAUGUAAAUACCUGUUUUGCAA